AUGAACGUCGGGCUGACAUCUGUGGGCGAUGAAAUAGGCUCAAUACUGGGAAAUAGGGACGAAAUCGCGCGACAACUGGGCAAUGAUCCUCUGUUCAGGAAUAAUGAACACGGCGAAUCUUCAGACAUUGGCACGGAAGCGAUUUUAAGACGAGAGAAGGAAUUGAGCAGUGAGUUGCAUGAUUUCACUGCUUUGAAGACUGUUCCUGGCCUUAUAUUGGAGUUUAAGACGAAUUUACGGCUGUUGGAGCUUGAAAACUGCUUCUACUCACUACAAGCGUUGCGCCGAAAACUACACGCAAAUUUCGCUAUUAUCAACCGCAGUUUUGGACUGCAGCGGUCCGUAGCCACGUAUGUCGACAAUAUGCAUUUGGACCUCGUUAACACACUUUUUGCAACGUUGAAGGAUGGUUUUUGGAAAAUAAGUGCGGAUGCGAUCGAUUUCCAAUCAACUGUCGCUCACGGUGAGGACCAGGUUCAGGUACAGUAUGCCGACCUGAUGGAGUCUGUGGAAAAUCUUUACUUCCCCUCCGGCCAAUUGGAUCCUAAAUUGUGGAUUAUCUCAGACAUGGUUCUGGGGACUUUACAGGAAACAUUGCGUGAUAAAUUGAAUACAAUUCUGAACGAGCACGUCAAACUUUCUGGAAUCAUUAUUGCCAUCAAAUCUUCCUUAUUUGCUGAGAAUAAGCAGUUUGUAUUGACCAAUAACAACAGUAAGCUGCUUUUCGAAAAUUCGAUGAAAAUUGGGGAUGAAAAGGUUGAAGAAACUGCGAAUUCUUUCAAGAGUCUUCUACUGUUCAUGCGGGAGACUGUUGUCCUGCGGGACCGGAAAAUCUUGGCCCAAAAGUUGGGUUCAUUAAUUGCCACUGAGUUGGCCGAGUUCAUAAAAGCCAAUUCGUCUGUUGUAUUUCGACCAGAGAAUGCGCAGCUUAGGUUUAUCAUUGAGGGAGUAAAUGAGGAUCUCGUCAAGUUAUCAACAGAAACUAAUAGCUGGAGUUACGACGGCGCCGCAAUUAACGAUCUGUUCAAUAAUGACCAAAUUCCUAGGAACCUUCAGAUAGACAAGGUUUUUCAUGACCAAGUGACAGAGUUACGAGUAUUUUUUGCCGACAAAGCAUGGCAAAGACUGGAGGUUGUCGCGUCAGCGGCAGCUCCUCUGUCACCCGCUCAAAGUCCUGCUCGAAGAAAGAGGCUACCGUCGUCUUCCAAAAGAUCAAUAAAUAGUGACUGGGGGUGGGAAGAGAAGACAGGGUGGGAUGAGCAUAUGGAUCUCGAUUUAGGCGAAAAGCACUCAGCAAGCGAAGUAGCCAGCACCGAGUCCAGGAAGGAUACGGCCAGUGAUGCCGCAGAUGAUGCGUGGGACGAGGCCUGGAAUAUAGAAAUCGAAGAUGACGAGUCCGAGAAGCAAAAAAGUGCUGAUAAUGAUCUAGAUGAUUCUGAAGUUAGAGUGACUCAGCUACCAGCAAAAAUCACUGCCUUGGUGAGAGACUUCGACGAAGGCUGUCAUGGAUCAGGGCAAGAAAUCGAUGAAUCUUACUACAAGCAUAAGCUAAAUGUGCUGCAGACUACUAUCAUGGCAAUUGCCAGUCGUCAAUACCGGAAUAAUUGGUGGCAGUUGCACAUCGAUCUGAAGCAAAUUAUUCAACUUAAUCCAUGCUUAACUCGCCUGCAAGAGCUGACCGUCAACAAUUUGGACCUGUACCUCAAUACCAGCGAAAGCGUUGUCUAUAAGCUAGUCUGUCAGCAGCUAAACGAAUUGAAACAAAACGAAAGAUAUUGUUCGUGGAAUGUAACUGUCGAUCAAUUGCUCCCAUUCGUCAAGACCAAAAUUCUCGAACCGCUUGUUAUGAUUGGUAACAACGACAGUCAACGCCCUUUAUGUUCAUUCCUUCGAUUCCUAUAUGAAGAGUGUGUUAUCAAGAAUAUCCUACAAUGGCAGAUAAUAUCCGAAAGAAGUUCGGAGAACCUUUCAGAGUUCGUUUCUCUCUUAUAUUCUGGAACAGAGAUUUCUGCUUUAAACGGCAACAAGAGCUACAGAGAGUGCCGUGAAAAGUUCGCAAUCAUUGGCAAGUUUUUGCCGCUACACUUGAAGGACAUCAUGGAAAUGUUCUACAAUGGAGAUUUUUACCUCUUCACAACUGACGAAUUAGUCCGGUGGAUUGUGCUGUUGUUCGCUGAAACGCCACUAAGAAGAAAUGCAAUCGACGACAUAUAUGAGAUCAGGAACGCCGAUGUCGGAGAGGAUUGA